UUAGUCAUUGUGUGAUUGGCGUCUAGCGCCUUCUCGAAGUUUUUUUUGUCCAAUUAUAGCUUUAUAAAAUCAUAGCGCACAUCAUUACACGUAUUUAAUUUGUCAGCAAACGUCGAAAGCAAUUGUUUAGAUAUGGAGUUUCCACAUUUGGGCCAGCAUUGCAACGAAGCAACAUGCAACAGAUUGGAUUUUCUACCAGUAAAGUGCGACUCUUGUGACAAGGUUUUUUGUGCCUCGCACUACAAUUACGAGCGCCACAAUUGCCCAGGUGCCCACAAGAAGAACUUUCAAGUACCGAUCUGUCCGCUAUGCGGAGAACCCGUUCCCACCGCUCCUGGAGUGGAGCCUGACCUAACGGUUGGUCAGCAUAUUGAUAAGCAAUGCCAGUCAGAUAGCAAAAAGAUCUAUACGAAUCGCUGUCAUGCAAAGGGUUGCAAACGUAAAGAACUGAUUCCUGUGCAGUGCUCACAGUGCAAAUUGAAUUUCUGUCUACGUCAUCGCCACAGCAGCGAUCACGACUGUAAGCCGCCUACACAAAGCAAUGUCAGCACUGCUGCUAGCAGCAGCAGCACAUCACAGGGUGUCUUCAAGAUCUUUAGCGAUACACGUGCGAUGGCCGCGCAGGCUGCCGAGAAGCGUUUGCAAAGCAGAAAUCAACAAUCUGCAAAUAAUGCCAAAGCCAGACAAGUGUCCACAACAACGGCAGCUGUUGCGCAGCGCAGUCAAGUACAAAACAUACAAGGCAAUAUGACGGAAGAUGAGGCUUUGGCCCACGCCUUGGCGUUAUCUAUUAUGGAGCAGGAUGGUACAGCCCAGAGUAGCCAAAGUGCUGCAGCAGCCGCAGCGAAUGCGCAACGUGCCACAACUGUUGGUGGACGUGAUAAGGAUAAAUGUUCGCUCUCCUAGUUAAAAAAAAACAAACUGCGCAAAACAUAUCACAAAUCAUUCACUUGACCAGCGGCGUCUUUUACUGCCCCCAAAUACUAGGUUGUUAAUUAAAUCAAUUUUGUCAUUUUGUUUGUAAUUGUAAUUUAUAUAAUGUUGAUAAUUAUGUACGUUGACUUCGUCACAUUCUCUCGCGGCAUGCUUAUUAA